AGAUGCAGUCUUAUCAAAUAUGGCUAGACAUCAAAAAUUAGACAAUAUGCUUGAUGAAAAAUUUGAUUCAUUAUAAAAUAAAACUAUUUAAGAUUUUUUAGGUUUGUYGAAGUUGAUAUAUGUUUAACUAGAGUUAUGAGAAUCAAAGGAUAUUCAACAGCACCCGACUUAAACACAAAAAAAAGUCGUCUGGGCUGCUCUGUAUGUAAAAAAAAAAUCAUUAAUGAUACUCCAAUUGAAAAUUGUUCAUCAAAACCCUGGAUUGAUAAAAAACAUAUAAAAAACAGUGUUCCUGUAAAAACUAAAAAUUGUGAAUAUAUUAAAUUAGCACCAACUGAUAUGUUAAGUCCUAAGAUUAGGGAAUGUUACUGUAAUUAUAUGGAACAAAAAAAAAUUGAAUCUUUUCCAAAAUUAAUAUGUUCGAAGCGUUUUAAAACACCACAUCUGACUGAUAUUAAUGAAAAGUGGUUGCAUGAAAUAAUUGAAUUCAGGCGUCUAAAUUGGUUUGAUUGUCACGCUGAUUCAUUAAUUGAUGAAAUUUGUGAUCAAAAUAUCAUUCCUCUAAAUAUUUCUAACGAAGACAAACCAAAUUGUUAUCCUCUAAAUAAUUCAAUAUCAUUAACUUCUACUCAUGAUAAUGAAUUAAGAAUUGAAAAUCCAUUUGUAUAUUUGGAAAAUAAAGCUGCAGUUAAAAAACAUCUAAAUGUACGAAACCAGACUACUGUUUCUAAAUGUACUGGUAAAAAAAAAAAUCCAAAUGCAGUUAAUAAACCUUGGAUACCACCACCAUCAUCAUCAUCACUUCAUUAUAAAUUUUAAUUACUUGAUUUAAGUUUGAAGUAAUAAUGUAGAUAUCACUCUUAUAAUUUUUUUUUAGUUAAAUAGAAAACUUAUUAUUGUUAAGAUUACCUAUGCAUAUAAUGUAAUAUGUAAUAUAUACUGCAGUAGUAUAGUAUCAUUAUUGUAUAUUACUUUUAUUUGCAUGUUGCAAUAAAUAUUGUUCUACAAGUAWACAACCAURAUAGGUA